AUGGAAAUGCCCCAUAAUUCGCCGCUUCUUUUGGCAACCCAGGAGGGCCACCGUGAUAUGGUUGAAUUGCUGGUCCGGCAAGGUGAUCGGCUGCAGAUCAACCAGUUGAACAGUCCUGAUAAGGAGACGGCACUUUGUGUAGCCAUUCGUCACGGAAGACUUGAUAUCCUAGAUAUUUUGCUUGGGCAUCCUCGAAUCAAUAUUGAUACGAUCAAUGGUUGGGGUGAGACGGCCCUGUUGUUAGCGGUCAAGCGAGAAGAUACCGCAAUGGUCAGCAGAUUACUCUAG